AAUGGUAAGGAAGGACUAAAGUGAAUAAGAAAAAAAAACCAGGAUAAUAGAUUUGAAAAAAACAAAUUUAAGGGUUGAAACAACUUUCGGGUAAUAUUUCAGGGAUCAUUGCUACAAUUAACUCGAUCUAAAUUAAAUUACAAUUGAAAAAUAAAAAAGUGUUAUAGGGUGGGAGAGGGACCAAACAACCAGGGAAAUCAAACCAACCAGCAUAUCUAAUCUAAUGGAGCAUCAUCGAUCUCAUCCCUGGUCAGAAGCCUUUCGUUGUAGGGUUUUGCUUUUCUCUCAGCACACUGCUACCUUUAUCUUUUCUCAAUAACUAUUUUCUUUCAUUUUCUUUUUUGUUUACUAUGUGCUUUUUCCUCUUGAUGUCCCCCACAGCCUCUUUAUUCGCUGGCAUCUCCAAAAGCUCUUCCAGUUUUGCUCCUACCCACUCUCACCUACAUCAACCUCAUCAAACAAAUAAAACCCUCAUUUCCAUUUCCCUCCACAUCUCUCCAAACUCAUCGAAGUUUAAUUUCUUGGUAUAUUUUUCAUCAAGAAGAAAAUGGUGGACUUUGAUUAUGAUCAACUUGUGAAGGCAACAGAAAGCUUCUCUCCAACUAAGCUCAUUGGCAAAGGAAGCCAUGGCAUGGUGUACAAAGCCAUACUAGUCAACAAACUGGUUGCCAUAAAGAAGCCACUUGAUCAAUAUCAUGCCCAUCAAGUAUCACUCCUUAAGCUCGACAAUGAGAUAUGUGUAUUGUCUUCUCUACCCGAAAGCCCACAUGUUAUAAGCCUUCUUGGAACAAGUCAUCAAGACUCAAACAAGAACAAGCUCCUUGUCAUGGAGUUCAUGCCCAAUGGCUCUCUCCACGACCUACUUCAUGUUGCAUCCACACCCCCUCCAUGGCCUAAACGUGUGGAAAUCGCCAUUCGUGUUGCCCGGGCUGUCCAAUUUCUUCACCAAGGGGAACCUAUGGUGAUCCACAGAGACGUCAAGUCGGCAAACAUUUUGUUCGAUUCAGAUUGGAAUGCCAAGUUGGCGGACUUUGGACUUGCCGUGCUCUUGCGAGUCGACUCGCCGAGUCACCCGAGUGAACCCGCUGCAGGUACUAUUGGAUACUUGGACCCUUGUUACACCACUCCUAGCAAACUAAGUACCAAGAAUGAUGUGUUUAGUUUUGGCGUUGUGUUGUUGGAGAUUAUAAGUUCAAGGAAAGUCAUUGACAUCUAUAAAUCACCAGCUUCAAUAGUGGAUUGGGCAAUUCCAUUAAUCAAAGAGCAAAGGAUAGAACAAAUUUGUGAUGCAAGGCUAGGGUUGCCCACGUACAUGUCAAGCACAAUAAGGCACAUGUUAAAUGUGGCAGCAAGCUGUGUCUCAUCAGAUGUAGCAUGUCGUCCAACAAUGAUGGACGUUGUUAAGGAGAUCGAAAAUUGUUUUAUCGAACGAGUUAGGUUACCGAUUUGGAGUAACAUGCUGAGGAGUUUGGUGCCCAUGAGGAUGAAAAAAUUAGCAAAAAGUUUGCAGCAGGCAAAGUGUGCAACAGAACAAAGUGAUGCCGAUGUUCCAAGUGGGAAGCUAUUGUUGUGGCAGGUUUUGGAUGAUGCUGCAGAUAUUGGCUGAGUUAACUCAUGUGGACUCAGUUGAGUCAGCAACUCGGCCUGGUCAAUCAAUGGGCAGCAUGCCUUUUAUUUUUAUACUUUUUCUUUUUUCAUAUAUAUAUAUAUAUAGGACUUUUGGAAAACCUGCAGGGCAUGCAUUCCAAAGUCCAAAUAGAAGAUUCCCAGAAAUUAGGUGGGCAGAGAAUAUUACAAAGCUUUUGUUU